GGUGACAACUCAAUGCCGCAUAAUGGUUUGCAUGUCUGCCGUGUGGCAACCGCGUGUAUUAGCGGGGGGGCUAAGGAGGCUAGUCUGGUCGUGCAGGUUGGCGGGCUUUCCAGUCCAACACUACAGCACAAAGACUGCUCCUCACAUUCCGGGAAUGGAGUACCAAGAUGCCAUUUGUACUCUCAACACAUUACAGACAAACGCCAGUGCUCUGGAGCAAGUACGGCGAGAGCGGAGCAACCCCGAGCUGCAACUUCAGGCCAUGAGAGGCUACCUGGAACGCGCCAGCAUCACUGUGAAAGAACUUGAUCACUUAAACAUCAUUCAUGUGACAGGAACAAAGGGCAAGGGGUCAACAUGUGCAUUUACUGAGCAGAUUUUGAGAGGCUAUGGCUUCCGGACAGGAUUUUACAGUUCACCACAUUUGGUCGAAGUAAGGGAGAGGAUCCGAGUCAAUGGAAAGCCUAUUGCAAAGGACCUCUUUACGAAAUACUUCUGGCAGGUUUACGGACGGCUGGAUGAAACAAAGGAAGCCCACGAUGGGACAAUGCCUGCAUACUUCCGCUUCCUCACCAUCUUGGCCUUUCAUGUAUUCCUUCAAGAAAAGGUGGAUUUGGCUGUGGUUGAAGUUGGGAUUGGUGGAGCAUAUGAUUGCACCAACAUUAUAAGAAGACCAUGGGUAUGUGGCAUCUCUUCUCUGGGCAUAGACCACACGCAGAUUCUUGGAGACACUAUAGAAAAGAUUGCCUGGCAAAAAGGUGGUAUCUUUAAGCCAGGAGUGCCUGCUUUCACAGUCAAACAGCCAGAGGAAGCAAUGGCCAUACUAAGGAACAGGGCCAAAGAGAUCAGCUGUCCUUUGUGGGUGUGUCCGGACUUUGAUGACUACCAGGCAAACUGUGGACCUUUAAACCUGGGCUUGGCGGGGCGGCACCAGCGAUCCAAUGCCUCUUUGGCCCUGCAGCUGUGUCACACAUGGUUACAAAGAAGAUGUCUACCGGAUGAAAAGUUUUUGUCUACCAGUGUUGAAACCUCCAGUAUACCUGAGGCAACUCCCUUCACGCCCUCCCCCAUCAUGAAAAAAGGACUGGCAGACACUGAGUGGCCCGGAAGGAAUCAAAUGAUUAAACAUGGAGCAGUUACAUACUUCUUGGAUGGUGCUCACACAGUGCGUAGUAUGCAGGCCUGUGUAAGUUGGUUCAGAGAGAUUGCAGCUCUGCAUGAAAGGAACACAAGUGGACCCGUUGCAAGAAUAUUGCUGUUUAAUGCUACAGGAGAGAGAGACUGCGCUGCUAUGCUUAAACUUCUUGUGCCUUGCAAUUUUGAUUUUGCUGUGUUUUGUCCCAACAUCACUGAGACCAUCACCUCCUGUAACGCAGACCAACAGAACUUCAACGUGUCAGUGGAGCACAUGCUGACUCGUUGCUUGCAUAACGAGAGAAGCUGGUGUCUGCACAACAGCACGGGGAACACUAAUGGGACCCCACUCCUAAUUGAGGACAGCUUGUCUCUGGUCCACCAGGAGAAAGCGGACACACUGGUGUUUCCCUGCAUCCUCAGCGCCCUUCUAUGGCUCACACAGGGUAGGGAUCCAGUGCUAGCCGACCCCACCAAGAAAGUAAUGGAGUUGAAACCCAGCGUGGUUGCUAAAGCUGAGCCACUCCUCAAUGCAGCAGAGAUCCACAUCCUUAUCACUGGCAGCCUCCACCUGGUGGGGGGGGCACUCAAACAUCUUGCACCUCAAUCCCCUAAAUAAAUUGGCUAUGAAUUUGAAAUGGUUCAAAUUUGAAUUGUUGCACAGGAAUACAAAAGAAAUGUUUUAAAAAUAUAUUUAAGGGUACCACAGUAUGAACUGAGAUCCACAGCCUGUAAUUGGAGCAAGAAAGUUUUCACAUGCGGAAUGGCCCAGACUCUCCCAAAAAAUCUCAAGCACAACAGUGCCAAACUAUUUUCUUAAAUUCCACUUGAAGUCAAAUGUUUACAUCUUGAGUGUAUCCUUCUUAAUAAAAUUGUGACGUUGUUUGUAGUUCAUGGGAUCCAAACUGUAAUUAUUUUUAUUUUCAACAAAAUAAAAACCUAUAUUAGAUGAAAA